AUGCUGCCGACACCUUCGACCUCCCACGUCUGCUUCGAUCGCGUAUAUGAGCCAGCAGAGGACUCAUUCCUGCUCCUGGACACGCUCUCGUCAAGUUCAGAAGUUGCAUUCCUGCAAGAGCGAUUUAGCAAAGCGCAAAGCACCCCGCCUUUGAUCCUCGAAGUUGGCGUUGGCUCUGGAGUAGUUCUCGCCUUCGCAGCUGUGAAUGGGAACCGUAUAUUUGGUCGUCAAGACGUGCUAACCAUCGGUACUGACAUCAACAGCUUCGCUUGCAAGGCCGCCGCGCAGACGAUUCGGACUGCAAUCGUAGAACAUGGGCAUGGCGCAUCGAUAUCGCUUGAUGUGAUCAACGGCGAUCUGGCCAGCUGCUUGCGACCGCACUCUGUAGAUGUCUUCAUCUUCAAUCCGCCAUAUGUACCCGCUGAGCUCCCGGACUUUGCGCGACAUGAAAGCUACAAUAGCCUGCCAGAGGGCCAGAAGAAGACGACUUUCGAACAGGACUCAUACUUGUUGGAGCUCUCAUACGCUGGAGGAGAAGACGGAAUGGUGGUGACAGAUAGGAUGCUGGAGCAGAUACCGGAGAUUUUGAGUGACGAUCGAGGGGUCGCAUAUGUGCUACUGUGCGCGCAGAAUAAGCCAGAGCAGGUCAAGGAGCGUAUUCGGCAGUGGUACCCAGGUUGGAUGGCUGAGGCUGUGGGUUCGAGUGGAAAACAAGCUGGGUGGGAGAAGCUGCAGAUUAUCAGGAUAUGGAAAGAGCAGGCUUGA